UCGGGUCGCACGCCGCUGCCGGGGCUUGGUGGGGGCCACAUCAUCACGCUACUCCACAUCCUUCGACAACUGCUGCCACUGCCGCCCUCAAUCACCAUCCACACCAUCCGGCACACCAUCAAACGGCAACAAUUGGCACAACGGGUACGCCAACGACGACGCCACAUCAUCAACAACCUUAUCAUCCGGCUCAUCACGCACAUCCGCAUGCGCAUUUGCAUUCGCUGCAACAACAACACCUAUUGUUGGGUACGGAAUCUGGACUGCAACAACAACAACCUUCACAACAACAAUCCGCAUCACAACAAACCAACAACACACAUUCCACGCCCACACAUGCGGUUAUGUAUGAAGAUCCCCCGCCUGUUUCAAUAGUUCAGCAGCAGCAACAACAACAGCAACAGUCCCAUCAUCUCCCGCAUCCACAACAACAGCAACAAUCUGCCAAUCAACAGCACCAACAACAAUCUCAUAAUAACGUUGCAACAACACCAGUUGGUGGUCUAAGUCCUUCACAAACACCUUCGGGUCCUGCCUCACAUACACAGCAACAUUUAACAUCACCCCAUCAUCAGCAACAACAACAAUCACAGUCAAAUACAUUGCCCUCCAGUGCUACAUCAAGUAUUCAACAACAACAGCAGCAACAACAACAACAGCAACAAAACACAGCAGUGGCGUCCGGCCAGACACAAAUUGUUGCGCCGACAGCGGCGAGUGUUUCCCCAUCUAGUGUUAGUUCCCAACCUCCAGAUAUGUCCCUCUCAUUAGCUCCAUUGCAUAUACCCGCGAUACGGCCAGGUUUUGAGGCCGAUGCAGCCAGUGCUGCCGUUAAACGGCAUACUCAUCCGGCAUGGCCGUAUGAAAGCGAUGGCUUUAGCUCGGCCCAAUAUCAUCAUGCAUCUCAAUAUUAUUUAGAAAGAGAUCGCAAGCCUGUAUUUUAUGGUUAUCCAGAAACGCAAUUUCAGCCUUACUGGAAUUAUCGUGAACAGCCAACAUCCGCUGCUGCGGCAGCAUAUAUGAGCGCCAGUGAUGAUCGUCAUGCCAGUGUAACGGCAGCAGCUGCUGCCAGACAAUCGGUUGAGGGCACCUCACAGUCCAGCUAUGAAACGCCAACCUAUUCAUCGCCAAGUGGUGGUUUACGAGCGUAUCCAAGUGAAGCAUACUCAAGUACAGGUGGUUCAGGUGGCCUUUCUGUGGGCGCUGUCGGACCCUGUACACCCAACAAUGCUUUGCAUGAAUGGACCGGCCAAGUGUCGGUAAGGAAAAAGCGUAAGCCCUAUUCGAAAUUCCAAACCCUGGAGUUGGAAAAGGAAUUCUUGUACAAUGCCUAUGUCUCCAAGCAGAAACGUUGGGAGUUGGCCAGAAAUUUAAAUCUAACCGAAAGACAAGUAAAAAUUUGGUUCCAAAAUCGUCGCAUGAAAAACAAAAAGAACUCCCAGCGCCAGACAAAUCAACAGAACAACAACAACAGCUCCAAUUCCAAUCACAAUCAUAGUCAGGCACCACAACAACUGCACAAUAAUCAUCAUUUGGGUUUGGGUUUGAGCAUGGGCCACCAUGCCACCAAAAUGCAUCAGUGACCUUUGGAUAACAGCAGUGCUGGCACCAUGGGAUUUCCAACAUACUAACAUUUAGCCAAUAUAAAAACCGAAACAGAAAUUAUGACAGAAUAUCAGUGAGG